ACCAGUAAUCCUGUCAUUCUGAGUGUAACAGUUCUUGGUCUUGUUAUUGCUCUUCUGGCUGGCCAAUAUUAGCACAUUACAAAGAUUGUAUUUGUAUUUUGUGCCUUUCCAAAUUUGCAUGACAAAAUCUUCAGGCUGUCUAACAAACUGACGUUAGCUUCUGUCUCCGGCUGAUUUAUUAACCGGUAACAACACAACGGCCAGCUGACGGAGCACUGAGCUUGUUAGCCUGCUAGCCCAGCUGUCUCUCCAGCCGAACUGCCCUUUGUCUUUACAAGCAACUUAGCUAGCAGGUGUUGUUUCUUCUCUGGGUUAGCUGACAUCGGCUUUAGCUAUUUUACUUUUGUCACCUGACAAGAGCUAAGUAAACCAAGAUAGGCGGCUUGGGAACCAAGAUGUCGAAUCGAGUGGUGUGCAGAGAAGCAAGUCACGCCGGGAGCUGGUACUCUGCUUCGGGAUCCCAGCUGAAUGCACAACUAGAAGGCUGGCUGUCCCAAGCACAGUCCACGAUCAGACCUGCUAGAGCCAUCAUAGCGCCGCAUGCUGGCUAUACCUACUGUGGUGCUUGUGCAGCACAUGCCUACAAGCAGGUUGAUCCCUCAGUUACUCGUAGGGUGUUCAUCCUGGGACCUUCACACCAUGUGCCCCUCUCCCGCUGUGCCCUGUCACCUGCAGAGAUCUAUAGAACACCUCUCUAUGACCUGAGAAUCGACCAGAAGGUUUAUGCUGACCUCUGGAAAACUGGUUUGUUUGAGCGGAUGAGCAUGCAGACAGAUGAAGAUGAGCACAGUAUUGAAAUGCACUUGCCUUACACUGCUAAAGCCAUGGAGAGCCACAAAGAUGAGUUUAGCAUCGUCCCUGUGCUUGUGGGCGCCCUGAGUGAGUCUAAGGAGCAGGAAUAUGGGAGGCUGCUCAGCAAGUACCUGGCAGACCCUUCCAACCUUUUCAUUAUCUCGUCUGACUUCUGCCACUGGGGUCAACGGUUCCGCUACACUUACUAUGAUGAAUCUCAAGGGGAGAUCUACAGGUCUAUUGAGCAUCUUGAUAAAAUGGGUAUGGGCAUUAUAGAACAGCUGGAUCCCAUGUCUUUCACCAACUACUUGAAGAAGUACCGCAACACCAUCUGUGGGCGUCACCCGAUUGGAGUGCUGCUAAAUGCUGUGGCUGAGCUGAAGAAGUCUGGUUUAGAAAUGAACUUCUCUUUCCUGAACUACGCCCAGUCAAGCGAGUGCAGGAACUGGCAGGACAGCUCCGUGAGUUACGCUGCCGGGGCACUCAUCGUUCAUUGAGGUCGACUUUUGCAGGGGCCACCGCAACGCUGCCGCCCUGCCCUUACUAUCUAUUGCCAUAACCUGACCCAGACACCCUCCCUCUCACCCCACCCCUAGCUAUGCCCACUAUUUGCAGGAAGGACCUAGACUCUUGAAGCCAAUGCAGUCCUCUUUCUCUGUCUCUCUCUUGGCUCUCCUCGGCCUUUCUCCGCCCUCCUCUCAGUUUGAAGUGUGUCUCAGAGCUUUUGGUUGAAACAUUUUGUUUGAAGUGCAGUUUUGAGAUUAUGUCGGAGCAAAUGGUUAGAGGAGAUAAGAGGAGUGCGUAUUAUUUAGGCUCAAAAUAAGCGUUGGGAGGGGGGAAUCUUAUUUGGGUUUUUGCAAGGACUGUAGUUGUCCUCUUAGUCCCUUUUUUUUCCCUGGAUGGAUUUCAGUUGUCAUAAUGAAGUCUUUACAUUUGGACUCUUAGCGAUCUGUGCUCAUGUAAUCUGCCUCAGAAAAGGAAUGAAAAUAAAACUGCAGAUCUUAAUGGAGAAUAUUGAAAUAUUGCUAGACUAAAAUGAAGAGUGUUUUGACAGACUGCUUCAAGCUACAUGCGAGUUAAACUUUGAAAACAGUGUCAUAGGUAAUUACUACCAAUACUCAACAUAUGUGGUAAUUGCUAACAAAGGGCUGCACCCUACAAAUUUCACUAACUCCCUACUGUACAAAACCAAAAACUUUAUUACUGUGUUUAUUAAAUAUUAUCCUUUAGUCACAUUUUAUUCCUUUUUAAUUUUUCCCUUUUUUGUAGUUUUAGUAGACGUGAUAGUAUUUACUCCUGUAGUGUGUAGAUUUGAACAAAAGCAGUGUUGUCACUUAAGCUCUAAAGCCAUCAACAUGGUUUGCCCAAUAAAUGAGUGUGUUCAACACCUGCUCCCAGAUUCCAGUUAUAUGCUUGUAGCGUUAUAGAUUUUGCGAGGGCCAGAAUACAGUUGUAGGGUGCUACAGAAAUGUAAUCAAAGCUGGAUAGUGUGAAAAAUUACUCUGACAGACACCUCUAGUUCUUUGUUUACACUGCCACCUUGAAUCUUUGUGGUUAUUGAAUUGUCAGUGUCGGAGACCCAAGCAAAGACUUGCUAGACUCGUAGAAAAUUACACAUUCAGUUCUGUAGGAGCAGAAAAGCUUUUGUUUUGGCCUGAACAAAUUGGUGAAAUGGUAAAGGCCUCAGUGGUCAAAGUUGUAGGACCUCUUAUUAUAUCUGUUCACUAGGUAGCAUUGACAGCUCCUUUUAAUUGGGUUUGAUUUAAUAAUGCCAAACGUUAUUGGAAAGAUUUAUGUUUUCAUCCAUAUUUGAAGGUUUGCUCUCCGGUUCAUGAGAAUUCACUUCAAAAUUACUCUGGAGGCAGUUGGAGUAUCAAUCUGACAAGAACUAAAAACAAGUAAUAAAUGGCCCACACAAAAAUCAUAAUGCUUUUCCCUGUAAUUUGGGUUUAUUGGGUCUGAAUCUGUUCAGAAAACACAAUUUUACAAUUUUUUAGAAAUGAAUGUGUUUGCUUUUCAAAGUAAUUUGCUGUCCUGCUGCCUGAAAUACUAACAAACUGCAUACAAAAGCUGAAUGCAAACACCUGAUGAUUCAUAGUGGCAGUAUAGGCUUUCAAUGACGCACACAAUGUCUGCGGUCUUGUCCUUUUGAAAUUUGAAUAUCACUGACUGCUGACGUCAAGUAUUCCCAUUCAAAAGAUGCAUUAAGCUCCAAUGUCUGGUUGAAUCAAGUGGGCGCAGACUGAAAGAUGAAUCCCCAGACUCACUUGACCUCUGACGUUAAUUUAAGGGAAACAAGUAAAGCAUGACACACUGUGCUAUUGUGCCUUUUAUCACUGUUGCACAUUUAAAGCGUAUUCUCACUUUUAGUCUUACUUUAGAAUGUGUACUUUCAGUUUUUGUUUUUCCACCUGUACCCUGACCCCUUUGACGAGUGCCCAACAAUAUGUCUAGAUCACCCAGCACUCCAGGAGCGUGCGUGACCUGUCCCCGUCAUCUGUUGGUCUGAAAUGGCACCAACUGUUAUCUCCUUUCUCCAGCAGGGAGGGGUGUUCUGUUUUCUCCACCUCACCUCAUUCCUGUAGAGAGACAAAGGCUGAACCUCAACACUGUUUAUUUUCUGUUUAUGGAUCUUUGUUUGUCUUUUAGAAAUGGGUUUUUGUAUUAUUUCUUUCUUGCUUAGAGAAUGGGAACUAACACGUCACAAAUCUAAAGUAUACUACUUAACUACUCCCUAAAUGGAGUUUUUUUUAUCUCAGGUUCCACUGACAAAGCAUCCCAAAAGGCUCUUCAGAUAAGGCCGUGGAUUCAUGUUACAAAACAAGUAAAAUGUACUGAAAAGCA